GCCCAACCUUUCCGCGAAAAAACGCAAUCUUAUUCCCGAGACCCCACCCCCGUUCAACCUGUCCUAUUCGUCUGCCGGCCGGCGACCGCGAUGGCGACCGCGCGAUCGCUCGCCGCGCUCCUCUCCGCCAGAGCCACGCGCCCCGGGCCUCGCCGCGCCGGCGGAGCGUGGCCGCCGCGCUUCGCCGCGCGCGCCGCGGCCGAGCCCGAGCACGCGCGGAGGCUCGUGGCGGAGUUCGACCCGGCGGUCCCGCUGGAGGCCGCGGUGACGCCGCCGAGCGGGUGGUACACCGACGCGGACUUCCUGCGGCUCGAGCUCGACCGCGUCUUCCUCCGCGGGUGGCAGGCUGUUGGUCACAUAUGGCAAGUGAAGAACCCCAAUGAUUUCUUCACAGGAAGACUGGGAAAUGUAGAAUUUGUCAUAUGCCGGGAUGCAAAUGGGAACCUUCACGCUUUUCACAAUGUGUGUCGGCAUCACGCCUCAAUCCUUGCUUGCGGAAGCGGUCAGAAAACUUGCUUCCAGUGCCCUUAUCAUGGAUGGACAUAUGGAUUGGAUGGUACCCUCCUGAAGGCUACAAGAAUAUCGGGAAUCAAGAAUUUCAAUAAGAAUGAUUUUGGUCUUGUACCAGUUAAGGUGGCUACAUGGGGACCUUUUGUAUUGGUCAGAUUUGACGACGAGUCCACUGAAGGUGAUGUUGGUGAUGUGGUUGGAGAUGAAUGGCUGGGUAGUGCUUCAAAGCUGUUGAGUACAAAUGGCAUUGACACUUCACUGCCUCAUAUUUGCAGGCGAGAAUAUAUUAUCAACUGUAAUUGGAAGGUCUUUUGUGACAAUUAUCUAGAUGGUGGAUAUCACGUCCCAUAUGCACAUGGGGCUCUUGCAUCUGGUCUGCAGCUUCAGUCCUAUGAAACACUUACAUAUGAAAGAGUUAGUGUUCAAAGAUGUGAAAGUGCACCAUCAGAAUCAGAUGACCUCGAACGCUUAGGGACAAAAGCUCUCUAUGCCUUUGUUUAUCCAAACUUUAUGAUCAACAGGUACGGUCCAUGGAUGGACACUAAUCUAGCUGUCCCACUGGGUUCAACCAAGUGUAAGGUGGUAUUUGAUUAUUUCCUCGACAAGUCUCUGCUGGAUGACCAGAACUUUAUCGAGAGAAGCCUAAGAGACAGUGAGCAAGUACAGAUGGAGGACAUUGCACUCUGUGAGGGGGUUCAGCUGGGCUUGAAGUCGCCGGUUUACAGCAUUGGAAGAUACGCUCCCUCUGUGGAGAUGGCCAUGCACCACUUCCACUGCCUCCUGCAUUCUAACCUUAGCAGCUAGUAACUCUCAUGUGCGUAUCUCACCACACAUGUGCAGAACAAAAUGCCACUGUUUUCACGGCGCUGCAUUUACACUGCUCUUGAUUGCAAUCUUGUGAUGUAAAAUGGAGCGCACCUCCUCAAUUAAACAAAACCAUGUUUGCUGGCUAUUGAUUUUGAGCUCUCAAUAAUUUUCAGUC